UAGUUUCAAAAUUCAAAUCCAUAAAGUGUCGGCAAGUUCUGAAAUGUGGGGCCUGAGAAGGUGGAGUUCCAGCAUGGUGGGGUAUGGGUCGGCUACAUCACAGGGUGUUAAGAAUUCAAGAUGGCAAACUGGUGGAACCUGAGCAAGGAUCUCCUCGUGCUGGUGGAGAAACGGACCCUUGCGAAAAAUAUGUCGAACAAGUAUUGAAUUUGGCUCUGAACGAGGGUCAGACUUUAGAAAAAGUCAAACUUGAACAGAGCUAUGCGGGCCCUCCGGAGACACCAGCCAUCAGGACCAUGCGCCAGAGCCAGUACCUCGUGUUACUGACGAUGGAGAAAUCCAUGAAACGUAACCCAAAAUGAUAACUCAGGUUGCAGAGUCAAGAGGAGUUUCUUUAGAAAAGAAAAGGGCAUGUGGGAACUCGUUGUGGACUGCAUUAAUGGGAGAAGUCCAAAAUGUUGGUCAGCAGCAGUUGAGACAGUUGGGAGUUCGAGGUGAGGGCUCCACCAAAAUAGUCUCCUGACUCUCCUCUUAAAAAAAUAGAAUAACAGUCAAAAGAGAGAGAGAGAGAGAGAGAGAGAGAGAGAGAGAGAGAGAGAGAGAGAGAGAGAGAUGUUGCCGUGCUUGUGCUUGAUGUCGAGUUUGAGAACCUCGAUGGAGUUUUGAUUUCUGGUUGGUUAAAUAGGCAUUUAGGUGGCUUUUCGUCUUGGAGAUGAGACGGCAGUUUUUUGUAGGUGGUUGGAACUUGGAAGUUGUCCAUUUAACUUGUGUGAUUUUCACAUACGGUAGUUGCGUAGCUGUAUCUAUUUCUACUAGUGGAAAUGGAGGGAAUGUUUUGUUCGAAGGGCUAUGAGUCUAUGACAGGUAGUCGAACGGUCUUAUCUCGUUUGGCAUGUGGGCUUGUUUGUGAAUGUGGCCAGGAGCUCUCUAAGGUUGGAAAGGGAGCACGUGUGUCAUUGAUGUUGGCACCUGUUUGGUCCUGCUUCGUUUGAUGAAGAGAUUUCCAAAGUUUUGCUGGGUUAUGGAUAGAUAGGUGCUGGCUCUUUGAAGUCGUAAAGAAGAAGGUAGGUAGUUGCUUUUUGCCUGUUUUUUUUGCCAGCUGUUUAGCCCGGUUAAUCAUGCCUUGUGUAGGGGUAUGGUGGAGCGACAACUUGCACCCUGGAAUAUACAAGGUCAGGGCCUCGUGACCGGAGUGCGUUGCAGAGACCUGGCUGCCUCUGCAGUGAAUAUGGGCCUCGCUGUACUACCCUUGACUCGUGAAAAUUUUCUAGAGUCGUUCUAGAGCUGUCAGAGUCACGAAAAG